AUGAAAUUCACAUCAGCUUUAUUAACCUUUCCUCUCCUUAUUUCUUUGGUUUGUGCUGGAGUAAUAAGACGAGUUUCCGAACCUAACGAUAUCAAGAGAGAUGCCGAACCUCAGACGUACAAGAGAGAUGCUGAACCUAACGAUAUCAAGAGAGAUGCCGAACCUCAAAUUUACAAGAGAGAUGCCGAACCUCAGACGUACAAGAGAGAUGCCGAACCUCAGAC